GAUUGGUCCGCGUUUUAGUGCGACCCAUUUAAACGCGCUUCGUUUUUCAAGUGGUUUGUAACCGUUUCAAAAUGGCGGCUAAUAAUUAUUUGUGACACUUGAAUUUGAAAAUCGAAAUCUUUGUUCCAAAUAACAGUUCAAAACCAACUGAAGCAACAUUCAGACACAAGACAUUGUAAGAUCAUCUCCAGGCCAAUCUUGGUUGUGAGUUGUGGUUGGAUAUCUGUGGUGGACUGUGUAUUGCAAGAUGGCCACGCCGGACAUUGACAUCAUCAAAGAGGUGCCUGGUUAUCGUGUGAUCUUGAAAGCCGUCCUCAAAUCUCAGAUUCAACAACUGAUUGAACAACUUGCAAGUGCCACCAAUGAGGAGUCAAUCAUCCUUACAGCCAGCGUGGCAGAUGGAACCCUGAGUCAUCUCGGCUCAGACUCCGCCAAAGGCUUCCUGGAAGAUCAUGAAGACGUUAAGUCCCAGUUCCUGGGCUUUUGCCUCAAAGCUCAUCAUAGAAAAAAGCAGGAGGAAAAAGAGGCUAAGGAACGCAAAGAACGAGAGGAGGCCCUAAUGCGACUACAGCAACAGAGCACGCCCCUAUAUCUACCUCUUGUCCCCAGGGGAGGGUACAGUCCACGGGGCCCUAGGAACAUGGUACCACAGCAUCAGGGUCCAGUGGGGCGGGGCAGCCCUGGGGUCAAUUCAGGGGUCAGGUUUGACCCUUAUAAGAGACCUGGUAACUACGGCAACAACGGACCUCCUAGCACCAGUCUGACGAGUGUCAAAAAUGAACUGGAUGACAUUUCAAAUCGAAGUGCAGAGAAUACGGGUAAUCAGCUAAUGAGAGAAAAUAUGAAUGUGAAAACUGAGCUAGUGAAUGAGGACAAUUUAUCGGGAUCAGACACAUCAAAUGCGGCUAAUAGUCAGUGUGAUAUCAAUCAAGAAGGGCUGGAAUUAGGGGCAGAUUUCACCAACUUCAUGUCCGAGAAAAGUGAUUCAAAUGCAAGAGUGAAGCUUGAAGCAGCGGAUAAUGAUUUAGAAAUCACGGGUGUCGAGGCUGGUCAGCCCAUGCUACCCCAGGACUGGGGUGCUAAUGUUUCCAUGGGAGCAAACUUUGACCCAACUGGUGCUACUGGUUCCCAGGCAGAUAUGACGGGGCAGCAGGGAUACACAGACACUCUGUUUGAAGGUAAAUUUCGGUGUGAGUUCUGCAGUAAGGGGUUCAAGGCGCGGGCCUGGCUGGAGCGCCAUCGGAGAAUCCACACGGGCGACAAACCCUACACCUGUACCGUAUGUGGACGGGGCUUCAAUCAGAAGGGUUCCCUGAAGAGUCACCAGUUGGUGCAUCUUGGGGAGCCAAUACCCGAAGGCAUGCCUGUGAAUUCUGUGCGAUGCGGUUUCUCACUCCAGCGCUACUUGCACGCCAUCGUAGGACGCACACUGGAGAGAAACCAUACAAAUGUGACAUCUGUGGACGGGGCUUUGCACAGAAAGGACCUUAUUCAUGCUUGUGAAUUCUGUGGGAAACGUUUUCGUACUCCAUCCUUGCUGAUCAGGCAUCGUAGGACCCACACUGGAGAGAAACCGUUCAGGUGUGACAUUUGUGGGCGUGGCUUCGCAGAGAAAGGAUCGUUGAAGAGCCACAGUAUUGUUCAUAUGAAGCGGGACAAACUCCUCUAUCUCUCUACCUCAAAGGUGAAGGCAAGGGAAGGACAUACGGCUGUGAGUUUUGCGGGAAGCAUUUCCGGGUCCCUGUCUGGUUGGAGCGACACCGGAGAACCCACACAGGAGAGAGGCCAUUCAAGGCGUCAGCUGCACCUCUACACGUGUGAGUUCUGCCCAAAGGUGUUCAACGCCCCGGCUUGGCUCGCGCGGCACCGGCGCACACACACGGGAGAGAAACCGUACAAGUGUGAGAUCUGUGGCCACGGAUUUGCGCAGAAGGGCAACCUGCAGGUGCACAGGCUAGUCCACAUGAAAGAUCUACCGGUCCCAGAGAUCAGGUCAGGGGAGAGUGUUCUCAAGAUUUCCUCUAGCGACACCAGGUACUGGUUCUUCCCUGAGUGGGAGACCACAUGUCCAGUCUGCCUCCGUUCAUUCCACAGCAAGUUCAACCUGUCACGUCACAUGACCAUCCACACGGGAGACAAACCAUUUGAAUGUCAGCUGUGUCACAAGCGAUUCACACAAAAAGCAACCCUGAAAUCUCACAUGGUUGUCCAUAUGAGUGGCAGGUUAUAGAGAAGGAAAAACACAAAACUGGCUGAAAUAUAGUGAGCCUUGUUUUGGAAAAACUGGGCUUAAUGCGUGUUCAUUAUGCAGUGUGCACGGGCUAAUCAAGGACGAAACUUUCCACCUAAACUUGAUUUUCAUUUAGAAGAGACCUUCUUUAAACGAGAAAUUCCAUAAAAGCUAAAAGUGUUGUCUUUGAGAAGCCUGUGCUGACAGCACAGCCUUAUAUGGGAUAACACUAGGUUCAAGUGAAGGGAAGGCUUCCAUGGAAGGUUCAAGUGAAGGAAAGGCUGUCCCAUGGUUAUCAAUCUUAUAUUUUAGUGGAAGGAAAGGACAGCUCCAAUGUUACAUUCUUGAAAUGUGGUUAUAGGAGACUGUCCAUCUUAGGUUCUAGAAAAGGAAAAGAUGGCAUCAAAUUGAGCCAAGAUCGUAGAAGGAGACCCUGUAAAAAAUUAUUGGCUUUCCAUUUGACUAGUUGGUUCUAUUUAAGGAAAAUAAUGGAUCACACAUAGCAAAUUAACAUCACCGACCUAGAAAACCUCUAAUUGUCACAAAGCUAUGUGUAUAUAAAUGUUUCCUUAUGCGUGUAUAUUGUGUGUGUAUAUGAAAACAAGUGUUUUAGGUAAAGAUUUGUAUGUAUUCGGUAUCGUUUAUUAUUGUUUUAUAUUGUUUCGAGAACAAAAUAAAAGCGAAAGAAUUUG